CAACGACGACCAAAAUCGGGACGCCACACCGCAGAUGGAGCAGUCGCCGCCGUCGACGUCCCCAGAGGCGACGACACAGCCGGAGUCGACAAUGAAGAUCCUUAUUAGCACAGACAACCACCUUGGUUACAACGAGAAUGACGCAGUUCGGGGCAAGGAUUCGUUCCGGGCCUUUGAAGAGAUGCUUGCAAUCGGCGGACGGGAACAGGUGGAUUUUGUCCUGCUUGCCGGCGACCUCUUCCAUCACAACAAGCCGAGUCGCGCAACGAUGUACCGCACGAUGUCGAUUCUUCGCACGUACUGCCUGGGAGACGGCACGAUCAACUUUCAAAUCUUGUCGGACCAGAGCUUGAACUUUCCCAAUUUUGGACAAGUCAACUACGAAGACCCCAACAUUAACGUGCGUCUACCGAUCUUCAGCAUCCACGGCAACCACGACGACCCAACAGGGGAAGCCGGUCGAUCUCUGGCGGCGUUGGACUUGUUGAGCGCGGCGAAUCUGGUAAACUACUUUGGCAAGUCGGACCGAGUCGACGAAAUCGAAGUGUUUCCGAUUCUGUUGGAGAAAGGAUCGACCAAAGUUGCAAUCUACGGUCUCGGCAACAUGCGCGACGAGCGACUGCAUCGCAUGUUUGCGCAGGGCCACGUUCGGUUUCGUCGGCCCGAAGAGAGUCCAGACUCGUGGUUUUCCAUCUUUGUCGUCCACCAAAACCGCGACAACCGAGGACGCGGCGCCAAGAACUGCCUUCCCGAGAGUUUCAUUCCAGAAUUCAUCGACUUUGUCGUGUGGGGGCACGAACACGAGUGCGUCAUCGAAGCAGAAGAAAGCAUCAAGGGCGACUUUUACAUUACACAGCCUGGUUCGAGUGUUGCUACGUCCCUCGUCGAAGGGGAAGCUAAGCCCAAGAAGAUUGGGGUGCUCGAGAUUCUCGACAAUAACUUCCGCUACCGCGCCGUGCCACUCAAGACAGUGCGGCCGUUCAAAAUGGCCGAAGUGUGCUUGCGAGACCACAAGCACUUGGACCCGUCCGAUCCAAAGGUCGGCGACAAGAUAUCUGCCCUACUCGCACGCAAGGUCCAAGACCUGAUUGACGAAGAAGCUGCCGAAAACCCUCGUGCCGAUCGCCAAGACACUGCCAUGCAAAUGCUGGUGCGAAUAAAAGUCGAGCACACUGGGUUUCCUGUCCUGAGCAACCAGCGAUUUGGCGGGCAAUUUGUCGGGAAAGUCGCCAAUCCGGCGGAUAUUUUGCUGUUUUCCAGAGGAAAAAAAGCUUCCGCCGACCCCAAUGACGAUACCAAGUCGACGACGUCGUCUGGCAGCUUGAAGAACCCGAUUCGCCCGGGGCCGCCGAAUGCAGCAGCGACUUCCAUCCUGGGCGUCGAGCAGCUGCUGUCCAGCCACUUGGCAGGGUCGGAAAAAGUGCUUGAAAUUUUGCCCGAAACGAAUUUGGCCCACGCACUGGAAGACUUUGUCUUUAAGAAUGUGAGCUCAGCGUUCAGCGACAUCUACGACACAGUCUUGGAGGAAUCGCAGGGCGCGCUCAAGAUGAACAAGGGGACCUUGAACAAGCACGACAUUCAAACACUCGUUGAGAAGAACCUGGAACGACUGCGAGCGGCACAGGCAGUCCAUGCUGGCCAGAGCGCGAUGGACACGAAUGAAGUCAUGCGCAUGUUGCAAUCUGGAGCUGGAAAUAACGGCGACGACAACGAUGGUUUGAUAGACAGCGACGGCGAUGAGCCGGACCAAGGCAGCGACGGCGUCCAGGUGGUCGACCCACCGAGGGUGGCGGCCAAGAGUCGUGGAGGGUCCCGGGGUGAUAAACCAGCUAAUUCGAGUUCGCGGCGGCCACCCACUCCUGCAAAACCCAAGGGAAAAACGAGAAAGGAAAUGCACAACGCGUCCGACUUGGACGAAGUCUCUGCUUACGACGACGACGACGUGGUAAACUCGUCCGAGAGCGACUUUGACACCCCGUCGAAGAAGCAACCCCCGGCCAAACGAAAAGCAGCGCCGAAGCGUCAAACGGCUACGAGCAAGCGCAAACCCGCCAGAAGCCCCGAUACGUCGCCACGACACCAACCGACCGCCCGCAAGAAACCCACGACGACGCAAAAGACCAUCUCGGACUUGUUCUCCCAGACCAGCCACCUGCCAUCCACAAAUGCAUGGCGAGAGGCAGGCGGCCCAACCCAGGUGUCCACUCCAUCCAGUACUCAAGCCACAAGUCGCCGCAAGCUGCCGCUGUCGUUUUCGUCGUACACCCAAGAUGACGAGGUCAAGUCGUCGGUGCAGCCGCCGUCUUCCGCGAAAGGAUGGGGUCGGCCCCGAAAAUAAAUAGCCAAAUACCCAGACACGCAGCUCACGACAACAAGUUUGAAUGGAGUCCAUCAGAGCGUGCCUUUCUUGGUUGUGGAAGGCGGAAGCAGUGGAGGUCCUGCCGAUGGUGGAUGCGUCAACUUCGACGGGUGAUGAUGGUGAUGAUGCUUAUUGGCACCGUUGGCAGCUGCAGACUCGAGGCGAAUGUCCGGGAACGACUUCUUGAUGUAGUCACGAAAUGUUUUCUCACUGGGAAGGCGAGACCGAGGCUGCCCGGCGUCCGUGGGACCGCUCAGCGAGAUCAAGUGCGCGAGGUAGUCUUGAUGGAGCUUCUCGUAAGUGAUCGAAGGCGGCAGCACGAUCAAAUUGUCGGUGCGAUAGAGCACUUGAGUGUGACCGUCCGUCUUGACGCGGGUCUUUCGCCGCGCUGGGACGGUGUGCCCGAUGGACGUGGCGUACGGGUAAAACCAUUCUUUCAACGUUGUGUAGUCGACACUUGUCGCGUUUUUGUUGGACAUGUUGCCGUGCUUCUUCGGAACGAU